AAAUGAAUCCUUAGUGGCGGUAGUUUGUUGGUAUACGAUUCUUUUCAUAUCAACUAUCACAGUAGUUGUUCUCAGUUGGAGAUCAAUCAGUGUCGAAUUAAAUCAGUAAUUAUGGUUGAAAUCGGUGACCAUAACGGUCAGGAAAGCGAAUUGGAACCGGUACCCGUGAAUCCAAGAAAGGCGAGUUUGAUUCAGCAAAGCGAACCCAUCACCAAUGGACACAGCAAUGGACUCACCAAUGGCACCGCCAAUGGUACCUCCAAUGGAACCUCCAAUGGCACCGCCAAUGGYACCUCCAAUGGAACCUCCAAUGGCACCUCCAAUGGCAAUGAAGCAAAGGGCAAGGAACUUGUUGCGCUCCCCAAAUGCCAUUGCGUCAAAGGUACCGAAAAGUGCUCCUAUCACGAAUCGAAGCGCCAGCUUCCAACUAGAGAAGCUCUGAUUCCGGAAAUGACCAGCGCCUAUAGAUCUCUGUUGAGUUCAUUGGGCGAAAAUCCCGAUCGUGAGGGUCUGCUGAAGACGCCCGAGCGAGCGGCUAAAGCCAUGCUCUAUUUCACCAAGGGAUACGAUCAAAGCCUGGAAGAAAUCCUCAACGAUGCAAUUUUCGAUGAGAAUCAUGACGAAAUGGUAGUGGUGAAAGACAUUGAAAUGUUUUCCAUGUGCGAGCAUCACCUGGUGCCCUUCUACGGGAAGGUUUCCAUUGGAUACCUUCCAUCUGGGAAAGUACUGGGACUGAGCAAACUUGCCAGAAUAGUGGAAGUUUACUCCCGAAGGCUGCAGGUUCAGGAGCGACUCACUAAGCAGAUAGCUGUAGCUGUGUUGAAAGCUGUGCAGCCCACUGGAGUGGCCGUUGUGGUGGAAGGAUCACAUAUGUGCAUGGUUAUGCGAGGAGUGCAGAAGAUCAAUAGCAAAACCGUCACUUCGACCAUGCUGGGCGAGUUUCGUGACAACCAAAAGACCAGAGAGGAGUUUUUGAAGCUGGCGCUUCAUCACUAAAAAUGUUCUAAAAAUCACGAGGUUUCUUCUAGUCAUUAGAAAAACUUGACACCGACGGCCUAUCACGAAUACAGGGUGUUCUAGCGCUCCUAGAACAAUACUACUUAGGAAGGACAUGUUGUUUUAGGUAUUUAACUGUGGUAUUACUAAGUUAAGAGUAUGUACAGUAGCGAGAAGGUUUAUCUGGUUGUUUAUUUUGCAGAUGUGAUGUAUUUAUUUAUUUAUUUUUGUAAUAAACUAUUUUCGUGUUCAA